GAGACCGGUCACACGAGAUUGUCCCUGCGGGUGUGCAGAAAAAGAGUACACAGUAGUACAGAAUACAGAUGUGGUAGCAGAGAGUUUGCCGAUUCACCAUUCGACUGCAAAGUGUCAAAGUUACACAAUAACAGAUACUGAAACCUGAGACAGAAUCAGACACCACUUCACACGCGAGGGGUUUGCACUGGUAUAAAGGCAGUUCAUUGAGAAGCGUUCACUCAUCUAUCCUGGUGCAGAAUUUGAGAUUGCAAACAAAAAGAAAUGGCACAGAAGACCGCACUGAUAGUUUAUGCUCAUCAGAGUCCUGCCUCCUUCAACGCCGCUGCGCGAGAUGUUGCAGUUCAGGCUCUGACAAAGAAAGGCUACAAAGUCCUUGUUUCAGAUCUCUAUGCUAUGAAAUUCAAGGCUUCAGCUACUGCGGAGGAUAUUAAGGGUGAUUUGCAGAAUCCCGAGCACUUUGUGUAUAAUAAUGAGAUGAUGGUUGCAUGGAAAGAGGGUCGAUUAAGUGACGAUGUUGCAGAAGAGCAGCACAAGGUGGAGCAGGCGGAUCUAAUUAUCUUUCAGCUUGAUCGCAGAAGAAUAAUAUGCUUUGUAAUGAGUUUGCAGUACCCACUCUACUGGUUUACCAUCCCUGCCAUCAUGAAGGGCUGGAUCGACCGAGUCUUAACUCAAGGAUUUGCCUUCAGCAUGCAGAACAUGUAUGACAACGGCAUUUUCAAGAAUAAGAGGGCCAUGCUUUCCUUCACCACUGGAGGAAUGGAGUCCAUGUAUAAGGAUGAUAGCCUUCAUGGAGACAUCAACAUUCUCCUCUGGCCCUUACAGAAUGGAGUGCUGCGUUUCUGCGGGUUCCAGGUCCUCGCCCCUCAGAUCUUCUGGUCUCCUGCAUACACGCCUCCAGAGGGAAGAGCUGCCAUGCUGGAUGGAUGGCGAGAGAGGCUGGGUGGUGUGUUUGAAGAAAAGCCUCUGUCCUUUGCUCCGUCUGAAUAUUUUGACCUUAGCUUUCAAGCAGGAUUUUGUCUCCGGCCUGAAGUUAAAGAUAAGUUGGCUUCUGAACCCUACGGCAUUACCACAGCACAUCAUUUAGGAAAACCUCUCCCACCAAACAACCAGACCAAACCUAAGCAAAACUAAAGGAUCCAGCGUAGCUACCAAUACAUCACUCAUUACUACGUAUAGCAGAUUUAUAAAGCUUUAGGUGAAAUGUGCUCCAGAUCAAAAAUAUUCUAUUCUGUCAAUAAUCUAAACUAUACUGUCUACCUGUCAUUUAUGCUUUAUAACUAAAAUUAUCUACCAGCAAAUAAGCCAUACGACUGUUGGGACAAUCAGCUAAAUGUAAUUUUUCUGAUGUCUCUUGUUAUUUUCGUAGAUAGUUUUACUAAUAUCGGUGUCUUGAUGAAGUAACUUGUCAAAUAAAGAUUCUAAUGCUGUUGUGAUUUGAAUGUUGUUUAAUAUAUCAUAUAUUAUAAUGAUCAUGGCGAUGCUUGUGGUGCUUUUUUAGAUUCUGGUUAUGCAAAUACAAAUAAAUAACUAUAACUGAA